CAUCCAUAACCCUAAGAGAGAGAGAGAGAGGAACCAACCCACUCUAUUUUAUUCUUUUUCUUUCCAUCGUUGUUCUUAUUUUCAUCCUUUUAUCAUGCCUUCUUAGACCGACUAUGUCCAUCAUCCGUCUUGUUCCUCUCCAAUUCCCAAUCUCUCCGAAAACAACUCCGUCGGUCCAUUUGAUCUCUCUCUCUCUCUCUCUCUUGAAUCGUUUACUUAUAUAGAGAGCAGUUUCCAUGGAAAUCUCAAGAACGAGCAACAGCAGUUUUGAGAGUGCCAAAACUUGCCAAAGAGGUCACUGGAGACCCGCUGAGGACGACAAACUCAGGAGACUCGUCGAGCAGUUCGGCCCCAAGAACUGGAAUUUCAUCUCUCAACAUCUCGAGGGACGAUCCGGGAAGAGUUGCAGGCUGAGAUGGUACAACCAGCUCGAUCCGAACAUAAACAAGAAACCCUUCACGGAGGAAGAGGAGGAGAGAUUGUUGAAGGCGCAUCGGAUUCAAGGCAACCGAUGGGCCUCGAUCGCGAGAUUGUUUCCCGGGAGGACGGAUAACGCGGUCAAGAACCAUUUCCACGUGGUUAUGGCUAGACGCAAACGGGAACGCUUCUCCUCCUACGCAUCCUCGGCGAGUUUCAAGCGGGAUUGGCAAAGCAUCGCUACCACUUCUACUCAUAGCUAUCUCCCUAGGCUUAACAACUCGAGCUUCGGAGCAUGGAGAUCCAAAGACGAGAAGAAACACUGGCCGUGGAGGACCAGUUCUUGGACUCAUACCGGCUCCACAAUCACGUGUGACUCGUCGAUCUACGAUCUUUCUGGGACGAGGAAGCGUUAUAAUCCUAAUCUUGUAGUUUUGGCACCGAGGAAUUAUCAACUUGGAUCCUCUUCGGUCUCCAAUUGCGGCCAUGGAAGUCAAGAGGAGAUUUUUCACGUUACCGGUGAUUCAAAACGUGAAGGAGAAGCUCGUGGACUGACCGGAGAAGACGAUGAUGAUGAUGAUGAUGAUGAUGAUGAUCUUGGGAAAGAGGAGAAUGACAACGUUGCUUUCUUUGAUUUUCUUGGGGUUGGAUUAGCUUCUUAGGUUAUAUAUCGUCACUGAAUUACAUCAAGUUUUUUUUUUUAAUUAUCAUUAGGGUUAUGUUUAAUAUU